AGCGGGGGGACUGCGAGAUGGGUUGAUGUUUAAUCGCUCACCGUGGUGCGUAAAAAGGCGCGUCCUCGUUCUUGCGGGCUAUCGCGUUAUCACUAUAUCCUAGGGGAGGUAAAUAAAAGGUUUUGCCAACGCACAGCAGUGAUGCAAAGUCUAGUAGGUGAUAGCUCUCGCCAGCAGCACAGAGCUUUUUUUUUUUCUCUCCUUCUUCUCCCACACGGAGCUACAUGCCGGUUGGACUAGCGCUGGCUGACACCACGCUUGGUUACAUGUUGGACUUGUUGGAUUUGGCCGGUGCCUUUAACUCGAGUCGUGACGCCCGCGCAUCGAUUUAAGCCAUUCACGAUGUUUUUAAAAGAUGCUGCACCUCUUUGCGAAUGUUGCAGAAAACGGGUAGAGGACUGCUUGCCUUGCUGUUGAUAGUGUUGGAGUGGACCAGGCCAGGCUUGCCAUCCCCGCUGAGGCCAAUCUGUGACCUGAGGGUCCUGAACCAUUUCAUAAAGGAAGCACGAGACGCAGAAGUCGCUAUGACGUCGUGUAGAGAAGGAUGUGGACUCUCAGAGUCUGUCACCGUUCCCCAAACUACAGUCGACUUUGAUGUCUGGGAGAAGAAAAAUGCACUAGAGCAAGCCUGGGAAGUGCAGACUGGCUUGUGGCUUUUACAACAAGCCCUCAACUUGCUGCGGACUUCAGUCACCAACACCGCGCUGCACAGCCCCAUAGACAACACAGUCAGAAACCUGCUCAGCAUCAACGCUGUGCUGCGUAGCCUCAACAUCCAGGAAUAUACCCCACCGGCAAGUCCAGCGGGGCUCGAAGGAACGUGGAGAGUGUCCACAGCAACGGAUUUGCUCCAAGUCCACGUCAACUUCCUGCGAGGCAAAGUGCGCCUCCUCCUUUUGGAUGCACAGGCUUGUCAGCAAGACGUCAGCUGAUCAGCUCACGGCCCCGACUCGAGGCGAAGGUAAUUUGUGUUUCCAAAGGCAAGAGGAGAGAAGUUGACACUGUUAACCUGCACGCUGGCUGCUGGAAGCAGUGCAGAAAGAGAAAAGACACGGCAAUCCUCACAGUCUGGGAGGAGGCUGAAAAAGGAGAGGACAGUCCCAACAAGGCUUUGGAUGGACAGGAGAUGAAUGCACCUUGGACUCACGGACACGACGAACACACACUGACCAAAACAAUGCCUUUGGGAAGCACUGCUCCAAUAGCUGUUCUACUGGCACUCUCUUGCACUUUGUGUGUGGAUGUAUUUUUUGUGUGGGUGAGUUAGGACUCAAACGUUUCAAUGUACAUUUAAUGUGUAUGUGUGUGUGUGUGUGUGUGUCUGUUUGCAGUCAGUUUGACCCCCUACACUCUCCCCUCUCUCCGGAGGGAAUUGUGAAGUGAAACACCCAGAAAAUAUUGAUUGCACCUGGAAAGUGGAGGAGCGCGAGGUUGCGACAGAGCAUCCGUUUCCAGUCUCUGCAAAGAGCCAAAAAUGAACGAGGCCUCACCCCACAACAAGCCUGUCACGUCUUCAACUACGCCUCACAAAAACAUUAGUCUCUUCUCUUGGAUUUUUUUUUUUUUUUGCAUUGAAUAUUUUAAUAUUUUUUUAAGUUGUGUAAUUACUAUUUAUACAGAUUUUCUACUUUUAAGCUCCAGUCUUAGUGUUAGUGUCAGGUCUUUAAGAUUUUAGUCGGGCUUUCUAUGUCAUGUCCUCUUGUGUAACACUGAAGGCAUUUGCAAAGAUGCAACUGCAACGACACGCUGCUCUUCCUUUUUAUUUUAUUUUCAUUUUAUAUAGAUUAUUCACACCGCACGUUCUUUCCAUAGAGCAGAACAAAGACUCACAAAGUUGAUGCCGAGGUCCAGUUACAGUGAGCGGGGGGGAGUAAAGAGGUCAGUGAGGAGAGUUACAUGUGAACUGUGAAGCUGUUUUGUCAAUAUUAUCUGUGUUUUUGUUUCUGCCUCACCAACACUCUACCGGCCUCUUCACACUGAUAACCAGACGGUCUGGAAAAUCUUACAAUUAACAUCCUGUGGCGCUGUAAAUUGCUAAGUUUUCCAGAACCUGACGUUAGCACGGUCUCCUCCCUCCCGUUAAUGUUCGUCAUCGAACGGCAAGCGGGCAAUCAGUUCGUCCUGGGAACCCGAGGGUUUCUAUAAAUUGGAUGCUCAGCUAUUUCAGACUAGUUAAGUGUUCUUCCUUGUUGUUUCCGCAUUUUUAUAUCUUGUUGUGCGAGUGCAAGAUGUUUUUAAGGAUGUUUGUACGUUUUCUUUUCCUGUUUGUGUCGUUUUGUCCCGUCGCUGUAUAAUUCACUAUUUAAAUACAAAAUAUUGUUCUUGGAUAAAGAGAGGAUAGAUGGAAACACAACAAGGGGAAGUCUUGUCAAUUUCAUUCAUUCUUUCUCAGGUCAAGCAAACUCCUUCAGUCCAGACACCGAGUACAAGCUAUAAUCAAAGACCUACAUGGUUUUCAUCCCAUUCAGUUUCUCUUGAAGUUAAAGAAAAGGUGAAAGUUAAAGAUAGUCAAGUUCCAGGAAGUUUUAUUUGUCUCCACAAAUCAAAUACAUCGUCUUCUAUUCCAUCCAUUUAGAAAUAAAUAAACACCGAGGUAUAUUCAACCAUAUAAAAACAAAUAUUUUUAUUUUUUCUUCAAACCUCUCCAACCCUCAGUCGAACACAUGUUUUAAACUAUUUGAAAACACAUGCCGUGACACGGUGCCACACAAAUUAGGCCGCUGAGGGAUCACAUCCUGGGACGCUUGUUGUAGACGACCACUGACAUCUAGUGGACGUUUACUAGAACAACAUCUGCCUCAAACACAAACUUAAAUUUUUUUUUUU